AUGACAUAUUCUCAAUCAGCAGUAGAACGAUUACUCAGCGAAGGUGGUUAUGUCCUGAUAAGUGCAGGACGCAAUAAUAAGAUGCCAAGUGAUCACAAUUUGAGUGAUGCAACCAUUCAAGAACGAACUGUUAAUUUGACCAUUGAUUUAACUAAUUUAUAUGCUUAUUCAUCUAUGAUGGGUGUCUAUAAUGGCGAUAAUGAAACAAGUUUCUUCGUUAUUCUACACAAUGUUUCACCGGAUAUGGAACGUGCCAUAUUCAUUCAAUUGGGUCACAAGUAUAAUCAAGAGUCUAUCAUUUAUGUUAGAAGAGCUACUCCCACAAUACAGCAGUUCAUCUAUACAACAGGUGAAUUUAGUGGAAAAUAUGUCGAAGGACAAGGAUAUAAAGUACUUACUACUAAUGUAACCGACGAUUACAGUGAAUUAAAACUAUGCCCGGAUAGCAUAUUUAUAUUUACGUUGAAUUUUGAUUUUGAAAUUAUGAUUAUGGGAAAAACUCGAAAAAAAACACGACAAUUAAUUGAUCACCAUACCAAUUAUAUAUUGGCCAAUCGACAAAGACAAAAGUUUUGA